CUCCGGGGGCGGAGCCACCACCGGAACCCCGCCCAGGGGCGGAGCUCUACCCCAGAUGCACGGCCCCAAAAGAGGCGGGGUCACGGGGGAGGGGCGGGGCCAACCGUGAGUAGCCCCCACCCAAUGGGCGUGGCCUCAUGCCGCACCGCCCCCUCUGGGUCGCAACGUCGCAGCCGUGGUGACGUCAGAGCUGCGCCGCGGCCGGAAGGACCCAAACCGGAAGGACCCAAACCGGAAGGACCCAAACCGGAAGGACCCCGACCCUAACCGGACCCUUCCCCAACCCGGAAGGAGUCCUCCCGGAACUCGAGAGCCUCCUCCCCUAAGCCGGAAGUGCUCUUCCCUGAACCGGAAGUGCCUCCCACCGAGCCGGAAGUGCCCUUCCCUGAGCCGGAAGUGCCUCACGCCGAGCCGGAAGUGCCCUUCCCUGAACCGGAAGUGCCUCCCACCGAGCCGGAAGUGCCCUUCCUCGCCCCCGCAGCCUCCUCCGCUCCGUCCCCAAGGCCCCUGCGGGCUCCGGGGGCUGCCCCCGGCCGCGCCUGCGUCUCGGAGCCCUCCCCGGUGCCGGCGCCAUGGCAGGUCGGUGCCCGCUGGUGGAGGACAGCUUCAGCCGUUUGGCCUCCCAGAGCAACGUUUAUGGCCUGGCGGCGCUGCAGGGCCGGGACGGCCCCGCGGGGCUGCUGGCGGCGGCGCUGAAGGGCAAAGUGGUGGAGUUCAGGUACCAGGAGCUGCGGCAGCGCCUGCGGCCCGUGGCCAGGGAGCUGCAGUUCACCUACAUCCCCGUGGACGCUGAGAUUGUCUCCAUCGACUCCUUCUCCAAGCCCCCCCCGCAGCGGGGGCUGGUGGUUGGCAUCACCUUCAUCAAGGACUCCGGGGACAAGGUCAGUCCUUUCCUCAACAUCUACUGCGACUACGAACCAGGCUCUGAGUACGACCUGGACUCUGUGGCACAGAGCUGCCUCAACCUGGAGCUGCAGUUCACUCCCUUCCAGCUCUGCCAUGCCGAGGUCUGCGUGGGAGGCAAACUGGAGACAGUUUUCCUGCUGAGCGGCAACGACCCCGCGGUGCACCUCUACAGGGAGGUAAGGGAGGUCUCCCCUGCCCCUCCUCCCCCCCUCCUCACCCUCUCCUCACCCCCCCCGACCUCCUCCCGACCCCUGCCUCCCUCCUGCCGCUCUUCCUCCUCUCCUUCUCCCUCUCCCCUUCCCCUGCUCCCUUCCUCCUCCAUUCUUCCUGCUGCUGCUUCCUAACUCUGCUGCCUUUGGUUGUUUCUUCUCCCUCUCCCUUCCCUCCCUCUCCCUCCCCCCCAUUUCCUUCCCUCCCUCUCCUCCCCACUCCAUUUCCUUCCCUCCCUGUCCAUCUCCACUUCUUUCCCUCUCUCCACCUCUGCCUCAUUCCCUCUACCCUCCCCCCGCUGCUUCCUUCC